AUGAUUCUGGUAUAUGAUUACAUGGCUCAUGGAACAUUGCGUGAGCAUCUAUACAACACCAGAAACCCACCACUGUCGUGGCAGCAGCGCCUUGAGAUUUGCAUCGGUGCAGCCCGAGGACUGCAUUACCUCCACACUGGUGCAGAGCAAGGAAUCAUCCACCGUGACGUUAAGACUACCAACAUCCUGUUGGAUGAUAGGUUCAUGGCAAAGGUUUCCGACUUUGGUCUGUCUAAGGCUAGUCCAGACAUUGACAACACCCACAUGAGCACCGCUGUAAAAGGCACCUUUGGAUAUCUUGAUCCGGAGUACUUCCGGCUGCAGCGUCUCACCAAAAAAUCAGAUGUGUACUCUUUCGGGGUCGUGUUGUUUGAGACCCUGUGUGCACGCCCUGUGAUAAACACCAAGCUCCCCGAGGAGCAAGUGAGCUUGCGUGACUGGGCGCUAUCUUGCCGAAAGAAAGGUGCACUCGAGGAGAUCAUCGACCCCCGUGUUAAGGAGGAAAUCACCCUUGAGUGCUUCAGGAUAUUUGCAGAGAUAGCGGAGAAAUGUGUUGCUGAUCGCAGCAUAGAUAGGCCAUCAAUGGGUGAUGUACUCUGGAACCUUGAGGUCGCACUCCAGGUGCAGGAUAGUGCAAGCUACAACAGCAGCUGUGCCGAGAGUGCGUCAUCUCUUCAGAUCACCGCGGUGGAUUCAGACAGACCAUCUACCAACUCAACAAUUAGCGUUGCAGCACAGGAAGCCAUAUUUUCAGAUAUUGCACAUCCAGAAGGCCGAUAA